AAUAAGCACACACAGCACGGCAUAGCUCUGGAAAUUGGCAAACGGAAAGCAUAAAACACCACAACGAGCGCCACACGAAGAAGCAAAACAAGAGACAUUUUCUCCUGGUACCUGAUGACUGUUUUCUAAGACAUCUUAUCAGCUACAAAACCUCACGAACCCCGCAUCCCAUCUCCUUAUAACGAACCUCAACAAUGUCCGCCCCAUCGUCCCCCAAGAUCCACCGACCCAACCCCCGCAGGCCCUACGAACAAACCUCUCCCUCCUUCCUGCCAGCACAUCAAUCUUCCGCGUCCCUCCUCUCGCCAUCCUCCUACACAGACGAAUCGCCCUCCCGCACACAGUCCAUCCUAAACCUCACCUCCUCCACCUUACUCGGCAUAUACUCCCCCACCGGCUACCAACCAGACCAAGAAUACGACUUCCCAUCCACGCCCUGGGGAACCGGUGCUGAGACACCACAACGGACAAGUUCAAUCUCCGACCCAGUACCCAUACGCCGCCAUACUGCCCCUUCACAGCCAAGUUCGGCCUUUGGUACAGCUGCUGCAUUGGCAUUGAGAGGGGUACUGUUAUUUGGGAUUGGAAUGGGAUAUGGUCUUCUGGUGCGGCAUCUACAUAAUGAUAGACAACUUGCUCCCUUUCAGGUGGAGGGCAUCAUAAAGCCUAGGAACGAUUGGCGGUAUCUGGUAUUUUGGGGCGUGGCAGGAGUGUGUUUGGGGAGUUUGAUGCCGUGGGUUGAUACAUUGUUCUCCUAUCCUGCCGGUAUGGAAGAGAAACAGAAUGCAAGUUCUUCUGUUGCAGAGAAAGACGAAGUGGAAGAAGAGAGUGGAUUAUUUGGUGCGGAUUGGACACCGGUUGUAAGGAGUGUUGGAGCUUUUGUUGGGAUUGCUUAUGCUAUUCGCAAACUCCCUUGGGCAACUCCCCUCCAAGCAUCUCUGACACUCUUCCUUGUCAAUCCCGUCCUCUGGUAUCUGAUCGACCGAUCCGCACCAGGCUUCAUCCUCUCCGCAUCUGUAGGCGCAAUCGGAACCUCCCUCUUGUUAGCCUCAAAUCCAGACAUGAUGCCAUCGCCUGCUUCCUCAACCUCUACCUUCCGAAACACCACAUUUAAACCCACCACGCCAUAUACAAGUGGAACAGGAAUUGUCAACAGAGAAAGCUUCGAAGUCGGGAUAUGGAUUCUGAGUGUCCUGUUUUGCAGCUGCGUUUGUUUUGGUAACGUAGGGAGACGAUUAGCGCUUAGUUCUGGAGCAAAAAGACGAUGAUGGGUAGA